CCAGCCACACAUGGCGCGUGAUACAACGGUCCGAACGGCCGUGAGUCUCUUGUUCUCGUUCUGCAGAUAAGGUUCUCAGUUCACAGCCAUGGCUGAAGCUUCAAGAAGCCUUUACGCCACCGCUGUCAUUCCCAGUUUCAGCCCGACCAACAAAACUCAUGUGAUUCAGCGUCAUCUAACUCUCCCGCGAAAGCCCCAAUUUCAGUGUUUGGUUUCUGCAAGUGAUGCCGCGAAAACUGCCGCGAAAGAAACCAUCCCAUGGGGCUGUGAGAUUGACUCCCUGGAAAACGCAUCGGCUCUGCAGAGAUGGUUGUCUGAGUCAGGCCUCCCGCCACAGAAGAUGGCCAUUGAAAGGGUGAAUGUCGGGGAGAGAGGACUCGUUGCCUUGAAGAAUAUAAGGAAGGGAGAGAAGUUGCUCUUUGUGCCUCCUUCACUAGUCAUCACUGCGGAUUCUCAAUGGACCUGCCCUGAAGCUGGUGAAAUUUUGAAAAGGAAUUCGGUGCCAGACUGGCCACUGCUUGCGACUUAUCUCAUCAGUGAAGCAAGCCUCAUGAAAUCUUCAAGAUGGAGCAGUUACGUUUCAGCCUUACCACGGCAACCCUAUUCACUUCUUUACUGGUCACAAGCAGAACUAGAUCGUUAUUUGGAAGCUUCACAGAUUAGGGAGAGAGCAAUUGAAAGGAUUAAUAAUGUUAUUGGAACAUACAACGAUUUGAGGCUCAGAAUAUUUUCCAAGCAUCCUAGUUUAUUCCCUGAAGAGGUGUUCAACAUUGAGACCUUCAAGUGGUCAUUUGGUAUUCUUUUCUCUCGAUUGGUCCGACUGCCCUCAAUGGAUGACAAGUUUGCCUUGGUUCCCUGGGCAGAUAUGCUGAACCAUAGCUGUGAUGUGGAAACGUUUUUGGAUUAUGAUAAAUCAUCAAAGGGAGUUGUCUUUACCACAGAUCGUCCCUACCAACCAGGUGAGCAGGUGUUUAUAUCGUAUGGCAAGAAAUCUAACGGAGAGCUUUUGCUCUCUUACGGAUUCGUUCCAAAGGAAGGCACUAAUCCUAGUGAUUCGGCUGAGUUGUUAUUGUCACUCAGGAAAUCUGAUAACUGCUACGAGGAGAAGUUACAACUUUUGAAGAAAAAUGGACUGGCAGCAUCACAGUGCUUCCCUGUAAAAGUUACUGGUUGGCCAUUGGAGCUAAUGGCAUACGCCUAUUUGGCUGUGGGCCCGCCAAGCAUGAGAGGCCAAUUUGAAGAGAUGGCUGCUGCAGCAUCGAAUAAGACAACUGUAAAGAAGGAUUUGAGAUAUCCUGAAAUAGAAGAGCAAGCAUUGCAAUUUAUUCUAGACAGCUGUGAAUCCAGCAUAUCAAAGUACAAGAAGUUUUUACAGGAAAGUGGAUCACUUGAUUUGGACGUGACUUCUCCAAAACAACUCAACCGACGACUCUUUUUGAAGCAACUAGCUGUGGACUUGUGCAAUAGCGAGCAAAGAGUACUAUUUCGCGCUCAAUAUAUACUGCGGAGCAGACUGAGGAAUAUGAGGACCGGUGGAUUAAGAGCCCUACAAAUUUUCAAUGGGUUUAGGAAUCUUUUCCAAUGACAAAUUUUCAAUGGGUUUAGGAAUCUUUUCCAAUGAAACCAAUUCUUAGUGCAAUAUUGUCCCCCGUUUCUAACAGGAUAUUCUGUCACUUACAUCAUGAACAUUGGUCUUUGGCCUAGUCCUCACUAGAUGGUCUUCUUUGUAACAUGGUUAAGGUUGUCUGUAAUUAUACUGCGCAUUGACAGAGAAAGAGAAAAGGGAAGGAAUUAUAGAAAGAUGAGGAAAGUAAUUAUUGCAGCAUGAGCUUCUUACCUUCUUGUAGAUUUACAGUAAAUAGUAAUUGAUUUUGGGAGUAUGGUUUCUUUCUUUUUGGUUUAGAA